CCCAAAGUCAUUCCUUCUGCGCAUGAGCGGAAAGGUGGGGCGCGCGAACUCAUGAAGAUAAUCCAUUUCAUAAAAUGGCGGCGUGAGGAGGGUUGUUCAAAAAUAUUGAGUGGUGUUUCUAGUGAAGGAGUCUAUCUAACGCUUCCGGGCGGUUAGUGUUACCGGGAUCUGUCAGAUAGUUACUGAGGAGAAGAAGUCGAGAAUUACCUUCAUCUAAAGUUUCAGAGCCGGUGGGAUGGCGAAGAGGAUCGCUGAUAAAGAGCUAACGGACAGGAACUGGGAUCAGGAGGAGGAAGGAGAGGAGGCCGGGACGUUUUCAAUUGCAAGUGAAGAUGUGUUGAAGAGUCGAGCGAUUAAGAAAGCCAAGCGUAGAAACACUGGAUCGGAGAGCGAGGGUGGAGGAGCUUUCAAAGGUUUUAAAGGUUUUUCUUUGACCUCGCCGCCAGCGACCGCCGCCUUCAUUCCCACCACCUUCUCUGGUUUUGGGAACGGUGGAGGGUUUAAAGGCUUCAGCGGUCUGACCAAUGGGAACAGCACGGCUCCGUCGUUUGGAGGUUUCUCCUCUCCUGCAACGUCCACGGCUGCAGCUGGUCUGAAGUUUAACGGCCCCUCCUCCACAAAGCCCACCACUGACAUCACAGCCACACAGACCAAUGGCUCCACCCCUGGUCCCUCUCAGAGUCCCGCCCCCUGCAGCAACAAGGAGUACAGCCGGCAGCUCACGGCACUCAACUGUUCAGUGCGGGACUGGAUCACCAAGCACGUGAACGACAACCCUCUGUGCGACCUCAACCCCAUCUUCAGGGAUUAUGAGCGACACCUGGCCAGCAUCGAGCGGCAGUAUGGAGCCGGGGCCACUGACGGGGGCUCGGAGGAGAAGAAGCAGCAGCAGGAAGGGAAGCUGGCAGCCUCAGCCACCCCUCCUCCUCCUCCAUCUUCCUCCUCCAGCAGCAGCUCAGCAGCUCCAUCAGCUGCUUUGUUCUCCUUCAGCAAAACCACGACAGAAGACUCGACUCAGAAAAGCUCUGGCGUUGUUCCGAUCCCGGCUGGCAUCACCUUCAACUUCGGUCAGAAGGUGGACAGCGCUGUCCUGGGCUCCUUAGGGUCCAAAUCAACCGUCCCCAGCUUCUCCUUCUCCUCCUCCUCCUCCUCCGGCCAGACUUCCUUGUUUGGAGCUCCGGGAUCUGCCGCUCCGCUCUCCUUCGGUGGGACGAAAACUGAGAGCUCUCAGUCUGCAGAUGAGAACGGAGACGAAGAGACGGAGGAACCGCCCAAACCCGAGGUGAAAGAGGUGAAGGAGGACGACGCCUUUUACUCCAAGAAGUGUAAAAUGUUCUACAAGAAGGAGUCAGAGUUCAAAGAGAAAGGAGUGGGAACGCUGCACCUGAAACGCUCCAGCGAGGGGAAGACUCAGAUGAUCAUUCGGGCCGACACCAAUCUGGGAAACAUCCUGCUGAACAUCUUCGUGUCCUCCACCAUGCCAUGCUCGCGGGUCGGGAAGAACAACGUGAUGGUGGUGUGUGUCCCGAAUCCGCCUGUCGAUGACAAGAACCCCAGCAGCCCCGUCCCUCUACUAAUCCGGGUCAAAACCGCUGAGGAUGCCGACGAGCUCCACAAGACCCUGGAAGAGAAGAAAGGCUAACCCCCCACCCCGCUAAGCAGAUUCAGCUGCUCAUCCUCAGACUCACCGGUUCCCCCACACACACACCCACAGAAACACACACCUGAGCUCAGCGGCCAUUCGGCCGUCAUGCUGUGAAACAUCUGGUCGUCGCGCACUAACAUUCCCGCUGGUUUCUUCACUGUGUCGGAUUUUCCUGUCAGGUGACCGACAGCCGGACAUGCAGCUGUUUCUGGGCCAGUCGAUUUGGUUUUACAAAUUAAAUACUUGCAGUAAGUUAAUUUUUUAAUGAGCGUGUCGAGCGUCUGAGUGCAUCUGCGGAGUGAUUGUUCAGGAAACUAUUUAUUGGAGUUUUGCUCAUUAACUGAAACGGUGUGUCAGAGCGAGACAGAACACGUUUACUUCCUGUUGUCCUGUAAACAUGAACUGUCGCUUUCCAAGUGUCCUUUGUUCGGGAUGAGGCACGCUGUCAUCGUCUGACAUUUGUAAAGACAUUUAUUGGGAAUAAAAACAAACAA